AUGGAGAUGGAGACUUGCCCUUCGAUUCCUCCAGCUUCAAAUUCUGCCUAUUUGCAGAAAUUCAGACUCUAUGAGACUCGAUCGCACUUUUAUAUGAUUGGAAGAGACAAAAGCAGAACCGUUUGGAAGGUGUUAAAGAUUGAUCGAUCAGACCAAUCUCAAUUAAAUAUCCUAGAAGAUUCGACUUCAUAUAGCGAAAGUGAAUGCUGUGACUUGCUGCGGAGAAUACAUGAAGGGAAUAAAGGGAUUGGUGGACUGAAGUUUGUAACUGUUUGCUAUGGAGUAGUCGGAUUCAUUAAAUUUUUGGGGCCUUAUUACAUGCUGCUGAUAACCGAAAGAAGGAAGAUUGGUGCUAUUUGUGGCCAUUCAAUAUAUGCAAUCACCAGGAGCGAGAUGAUCCCAGUUCCUGUGCAGUCAAAUAUGACUAAUUCUAAGAAUGAGAACAGAUACAAGAAGCUUCUUUGCAUGGUGGAUCUUACAAGGGACUUCUUUUUCAGCUAUUCAUACAAUGUUAUGCAUAGUCUUCAAAAGAAUUUAUGUAAUAGUGAGACAGGAAAGCUCCAUUAUGAGACCAUGUUUGUCUGGAAUGAAUUCUUAACUCGAGGAAUCAGGAACAACCUCAAGAACUCUACCUGGACGGUGGCACUAGUACACGGGUUCUUUAAGCAGGUCAAAUUAUCAGUUUCUGGAAGGGACUUUAAGCUGACUCUCAUUUCCAGACGGUCGAGGCAUUAUGCUGGAACAAGAUACUUGAAGCGUGGGGUAAAUGAGAAAGGAAGGGUUGCUAAUGAUGUCGAGACUGAACAAAUUGUAUUUGAAGAUUCUCCUGAAGGGCAUUCAGUCCAAAUAAGUUCUGUCGUCCAGAACCGGGGUUCAAUUCCACUUUUCUGGUCUCAGGAAACUUCAAGAUUGAAUAUCAAACCAGAUAUUAUACUAUCGAAGAAGGAUAAAGCCUACGAGGCAACUAGGCUCCAUUUUGAAAAUCUUGCAAAGAGAUAUGGGAAUCCAAUAAUCAUUUUGAAUCUAAUAAAGACUCAUGAAUCAAAACCCCGAGAGAGCAUACUCCGAGCAGAGUUUGCAAGUGCCAUCAGGUUUAUCAACAUGAGUUUACCUAAGGAGAAUCGCUUGAGGUUCCUUCACUGGGAUCUGAACAAACACUCUAGAAGAGGUACCAACGUAUUGUCACUUCUUGGAAGAGUUGCUUCAUAUGCUUUGAACUUGACCGGCAUCUUCUAUUGUGAAGUCUCAUCUAGUCCGGGGCAUGAGGGAUUACUAAAUAAUUUCUGCUCGAAGGAAAGCCCUACAAUUGAAUGUGACAAUUCGAGUGAGUCUGGCCCUGUAAUCAGUGACUUAAAUAACGAUGAUAGUAAAGAAAACAAGAUCAAAGGACCUACUCUUCAAAAGGGUGUCUUGAGGACCAACUGCAUAGACUGUUUGGAUCGCACCAAUGUUGCUCAGUAUGCUUAUGGUUUGGCGGCUCUCGGAAAGCAGCUGGAUGCACUAGGGUUUUUAGAAUUCCCUAGUAUCGAUCUGGAUAACCCAUUAGCAGAGAAUUUGAUGCGCCUGUAUGAAUUGAUGGGUGACACGCUUGCACGGCAGUAUGGCGGGUCCGCUGCACAUAAUAAGAUAUUUUCUGAGAGAAGAGGGCAGUGGAAAGCUGCAACUCAGUCCCAAGAGUUCUUCAGAACUCUGCAGAGAUACUACAGUAAUGCAUACGUCGAUGCUCAGAAACAAGAUGCCAUUAACGUAUUCCUGGGCUACUUUCAGCCACAGGAAGGAAAGCCGGCACUGUGGGAAUUGGACUCUGAUCACCAUUACAAUAUUGGAGGCCGUAAUCCUGAUUUGCUUAUUGAGAAUCCCAGGUCAUUAUUUAAAAGAUCAAUGUCUGAUGGAAAUCUAGUCUUUGAAAGUGAAAGCGACUCACUUGAAACGAAUACCAGAGUUGGACAAAAUUUGCUCUUGGCUGAUAAACAACGAGGCGUUGAGAAGGGUUUCUCAGACUCUACCCCCGAGAUCUCGACUGGUGAUAGUGACAUGUCUUUCUCCAGGUUCAAUCCAUCGAUGACUCCCAAGCAGCUCUUUGAAGAUAUAGGAGAAGACCAAUACGAAAGUAAUCCCAUUUGCUACGAUGAACAUGGAGAUACGUGUAGCUGCUCAAAUUUUCUCGAUCUGGAGUGGCUCUCUUCAUCAGGAAAUUCCUGCGAGGAAGAUCCAAGUGACAGAUCCAUUGCCGGUCUGUCCUCUGAGAAUCUCGUGAAUGAAGCCAGAACAGAGAUCUCUUCAGCUGCAAGUGACUCUGGCCCUAGCUUGCAGGGAAGUUAUCGCGCUGGUAGUAGUGAGCUCGGGUGCAAUGAGUUGGUCGGGUAUUCACAACGAUUUGUUCAGUGGGUAAACGAUGGCGUCACCAUGUUCCACUGA